CAUGAAAUUUUUCAAGAUCCUGUCAUCCUGGCAUGCAGCCACAGUUUCUGCAGAGCCUGCCUUCAGAAAUGGUGGACAGACAAAACAGUUCUUGAGUGCCCAGUCUGUAUGACACCAUCUUCAGUUUAUGAUGCACCUCAAAAUUUGGCACUAAAGAACCUGUGUGAAGAUUGGAGACUGGAGAGACUUUGGAAACGGUCUGAGGCUCUCUGCAGUCUGCACUCUGAGAAACUCAAACUCUUCUGUCUGGACCAUCAGCAGCUACUGUGUGUCAUCUGUCUGCACUCAGAAACACACAAAAACCACACCAUCAGACCCAUCGAGGAAGCAGCUCGGGAUUGCAAAGAAAGACUUAGGGAACUCCUGGAACCCUUACAGGAGAAACUGAAGGACACUAGAGGAAAUUUUGAUCAAACAGCUCAAGAUAUUGAAGUUCAGGCUCAAGACACUAAGAGGCAAAUAAAGGAUGUGUUCUUGAUGCUUCAGAAGUUUCUCCAAGAGGAAGAGGAGGCAAGGAUUGGUGCAGUGACGGAGGAAAGGAAUCAGAAGAGCGAGAUGAUGAAAACGGAGAGCGAAGCUUCGAGUAGAGAGAUGUCAGCUCUUUCUGACACAGUCAGAGCCACAGUGGAAGUUCUGCAAGCUGAAGAUCUUUCAUUUCUGCAGAAAUACAAGACUACAGCUGAAACAGUCCAAUGUUUCCCAUUGAAUGAUCCAGACCCAAUCCCAAGAGCUCACAUAGACACAACCAAACACCUGAACGACCUGUCCUUCAAAAUCUUGGACAGUCUGAAGGACAAGAUAACCCCAACCAGGCCCCCCCCACCUGAUCACAAACCACAACUAUCACCAAAACCACCAUCAGCAGAAAAUGAUGAUUUGUCCUUCAGAGAGACACCUGCAGUUGUCUCUCUGAGGGACAAUCUGUCCAGUCUAAAUGUUAGAGCCAGACGGUCCUUGUAUGAAACUAUAUCCAGCAGUUCUUCCCAGAGUGAAGCAGUGUCGAUGACUCAAGACCCACGAAGGAGGAGUGUGAGUGUCUUUCCAUUCAACCAUCAGCCAAAAUAUGCACGAGUCAUACCUCCCUCCAAGUCCUACCGAGGACAAGACCCGUUUGGUUCCCAAGGCAAGAUUACACAACCAAAACAGCAAGAGCGCCCCCAGCCACUCCCAACCCAUCUAGCCACCACCACCCUAUUCACCCGACCUCGUCCUCAAGUCAACUACUAUGCUACAACCCCACACACCCAAAAAUCUGAAGGAUCUGGCUUGUUAAGCCACUGUGAGAUAAUGGCUUCUCGGCCAGAGGAGAAUCUCUACUGUCCUAUCUGCCUUAAGAUUUUUCAAGAUCCUGUCCUUGUGUCAUGCACCCACAGUUUCUGCAAAGCCUGUCUUCAGAAAUGGUGGACAGAGAAAACGAUUCUUGAGUGUCCACUUUGUAAGAGAAGAUCUUUAGAUAAGGAUCCACCUCAAAACUUGGCACUAAAGAACCUGUGUGAAGCCCUUUUACUGGAGGGAACUGAGAGACUUUCAAUACGGUCUGAGGCUCUCUGCAGUCUCNNCAGACUCUUCUGUCUGGACCAUCAACAGCUACUGUGUGUCAUCUGUCUGCACUCAGAAACACACAACACCCACACCAUCAGACCCAUCGAGGAAGCAGCUCGGGAUUGCAAAGAGGGACUUCAGGAAUUCCUGCCGGUCUUAAGAGAGAAACUGGAGCACUUCAAAGAGACUAAAGGAAACCUGGAUCAAACAGCUCAAAAGAUCGAAGUUCAGGCUCAAGACACUGAGAGGCAAAUUAAGGAUGUGUUCUUGAUGCUUCAGAAGUUUCUCAAAGAGGAAGAGGAGGCAAGGAUCAGUGCAGUGAGGGAGGAAAAGAAUCAGAAGAGCGAGAUGAUGAAAACAGAGAGCGAAGCUUUGAGUAGAGGGAUAACAGAUCUUUCUGACACAAUCAGAGUCGCAGACGACGUGCUGCAAGCUGAAGAUAUCUCAUUCCUGCAGAGCUACAACACCACAGCUGAAUUAGUCCAAAAUUUCCAGUUGGAUGUCCCACAGAAGACGCCAGAAGCUCUCAUAGACGUGGACAAACAUCUGAACAACCUGUCCUUUAAAAUCUUGGACAGUAUAAAGAAGAAGGUUUCCCCGACCCAGCCCCCAAAACCCCCACCCUACCACAAACCACUACAACCAUACUACAAACCACCACCACCACCACCACCACCACUACCAGCACCAAAGACUUCAAAGGCCACUUUGGUGGAAGAGCUGAAAAGACUAAAUGUAGAACUAAUGAACAAGAACCGUUAUAAGGAGACUGGACUCUUUGGUACAUCCCAGGGUGGAGCUGUGUCCAGGAAGCCAUUAAAUCGUGAGCCACCAAGUUGUAAUACAAGAGUAAUCAGCAAGAAAAAUCCUGUUCCACGCAGCUAUGAUCCACGUUAUCAAGGAUUUGCCUUUCCCCCCACUGCCAGCUCUUAUUAUUUUGGUUACCCAUAUGAUAUACCCCCACUUCCCCAACUUCCCACUUUGCCCACUCUGCCAACGUCAUAUUACUCCUCCAAUACUGGCUACUCACCAUGGAGAUAAGAUGUUUUUAUGGAUGUAGCAUUGGCCAGUAUCACUGUAGUGAUAACCCAGGACGAAUAGCUGCUGCAAUGCUGUAGCUGAUAAACUAAACAUCACAGGAAUUUGCAAAUGAAUUUUUCUGUGGGAAACAGACUGUUCUGACAGCACAACACAAACAUCUCAGACCACCUUUUCCAGGUGGGCCCGGGUAUAGUGUCUUGGUCUGCACCUGGGUUCGGGGCAUUCACAAUGGUAAUGUUUUACGCUCAUUAGUCAUGGAUUCAGACUGAACUUCCUCUGUGAAAGCCCUGAAAGUGAAUUUAGAGCUUCCCAGUGUUCUGAAGACACACUCUGAUUUAUAAUGAAGGGACAACCGUCCAACAAGAACUGGACUUUAAGUGCUGAAAAAACAGAACAACAAGAGCAAAAAUACAUUGAAGGCAAAAAUGAAAUGUGUUUAUAUUGAUUAAUAUCUUUUCAUAUUCAGUGUUUUUUCAGCUAAAGAGGUAAAAUAAUUUUCUAAAACAGAUUUCUUUCCAAAUGACUCUUCAUUCAUUCUGUUCUGUUGGUCAUUUUUGUGAACAUAUGUGGACAAAGGUGGAGAUCUGACAUUCAGACUUUAGAUAUUUUUGCUGAAAUAAAUGAUUCUGUACUGUUUUGCAUGAAUGUAA